GCUACUUUCGUCAGAUCCGGGUCACAUGACGCGAUUAGCUCUGCAGCCAGCAUGAGCUCAGCUUUCUGCUGCUCUGUAGCCACAAACAUUUCUUAUGCUAGCGAGCACCUGGUUUAGUGAUUUUUGUAUUCUCUGAGUUACAUAAGUAGCUUUAUUUCACCACAAAGUACUCUUUAGAAGACUUGUCUUAGAGCUAUAUAGCACGGGGUCGCGCUUUUGAGCAUAUUUGGACAUUUUAUCUGCGUUAGCUAGCCAAGGUUAGCGCGUUAGCUAACGGUAACAGCAACAUGAAUAUUGACAACGUUAAUCAGUCUGUCACAACUGGAGUGUCAUCCACGACUUCUUCAACUUCAAGUAAUUGUAUUGCAAAUGAUAAUGCAACAACCAACCUCAGCAGCAUCCCUUCGGUCACGAGUAAUGCUUCGUCCUCAGCGGCCAUGGUGACACCGUCAGCGGACUCAUCGGUCUCCAACGGCGUCUACGUUCCUGGAGGCAUCACCAACGGAGAUGUAAAGCCUGCUCUCCCCACCAUGCCCCUGGCAGACUUCCUCAUGCAGCUGGAAGAGUAUACUCCCACAAUUCCUGAUGCAGUUACAGGUUACUACCUCAACAGGGCUGGCUUUGAGGCUUCUGAUCCACGAAUAAUCCGUCUGAUCUCGCUUGCUUCUCAGAAGUUUAUCUCAGACAUUGCCAAUGAUGCGCUGCAGUACUGUAAAAUGAAGGGCACAGCCUCAGGAAGCUCGAGGAGUAAGACAAAGGAUAAGAAGUACACUCUGACUAUGGAAGACCUGACUCCUGCCCUCACAGAAUAUGGCGUCAAUGUCAAGAAACCAUAUUACUUUACAUAGAACUUCCUUUCUUUCUUUCUUUUGAGGCUUUUUGAUUUUGCUAGUUUUAGCUCCCUGCUGACCCACUAGAGUCUGUCAACACCUUUAUUAAAAUGUUUUUUUUUAUUUUAUUUUUUUUUAUCAUGGUGCUUUAGUACAGCUUUGACAAAUCUUUGUUGUCACUUUGCCAUUUGUUACAUUUUGUGGAGCCACGUUUGCAUUAUGUUAAAUUGUAUAAUUACGUUUUAUUGUGAAACUAAAACCCUUACCAAAAACCUUGAUGUUACAUCUGUCUAACACAAGUAGGUGUGCUAUACAUUUUCUGACAUUUAAUCGAAUGGAGCCCCUUUUUUGUGAUCAAAUAUUUAGUAUUAUUUGAACAAAGAGAUGUUGACAUACAAUCCGAAAUACAGCAGUGAAUAAAAGUAAUAAAACAAAACACUAUAUGUUUAAAGACUGGUCAGUAAGGUGUUUCAAUACUAUGACAGACCUGCAAAUGGCACACGUAUAAAGUCACUCCAAGUCACUAGAAAAUGCAGCUUCUUCAAAAUAUACUCUGUAAACAUUGAUUACAUAUUAGAAAGGAAUAUUGUAAAGGUUGUUUAAAGAAUUAAAAUAAAUAAAAGAUUGCUAUUGCUAUAGAAUAAUGUAAAGCCACUUAAUAAUUUUGCUGAUUGACUGUCAUGUAAACAGGAGUACACGUUUUUGAAUGGUCCUUAUGGACAUAUGUAUUUAUUCUUAAUUAUAUGUUUAAUUCUGCUUCUAAUUGAAUUUACCUAGGAGGGAUUCAUAAUGUACUUCUAAUUCUCCUUUACUACAAAAUAAAUAAAUUACUGGCUUCAUAAA